AUGCCCUGUGAGGUCCCGUUGGAGCGGCGGCUGGUGGAGCGCUUCCUGCGGUACUCCGCGAUCCCGUCGGGGAGCGUUGCCGCCGUCGCGCGGGCGGGCGGCCCCGCCGUGGUGCCCUCCUCGCCCGGGCAGCAGCAGCUCGCGGAAGGGCUCGCGGCGGAGCUGCGGAUGGCCGGCCUCUGCGACGUCGUUUGCGACUCCCACGCAACGGUGACGGCGGUGUGCCGCGGCCGCGGGGUCCCGGCGGGGGCCCCACGGAUCGGGUUUAUUUGCCACCUCGACACCUUUGACUGCGGCCUGAGCCCAGUCGUGCGGCCGCAGCUGCAGCACUAUACAGGGGGGGAUGUGUGCUUGAAUCGGGAGAAGGACCUCUGGAUGCGGGCGGCGGCGCACCCGGAGCUCGCGAGGUAUGUGGGUCAGGAUAUUCUGUUCAGUGAUGGGACGAGCGUGCUCGGGGCGGAUGAUAAAGCGGCGGUGAGCGUGGUGAUGGAGCUGGUGAGCACGUUGACGGCGUCGCCCGAUUUCAGCCACGGUGACGUGGUGGUGUGCUUCGUUCCCGACGAGGAGAUCGGUCUUAUCGGGGCGAAAAAACUAAACGUGCGGGAGCGCUUUAACGUGGAUUUUGCCUACACCAUCGACUGCUGCGAGCUAGGGGAGGUGGUGUAUGAGUGUUUUAACGCCGCCACCGUUACGCUGAAAUUUGUAGGGGUGUCGGCGCACCCAAUGUCGGCGAAGGGCGUUAUGGUGAACCCGCUUCUCAUGGCGGUUGAUUACAUCGCCUUGUUCGAUCGUGAACAAACCCCGGAGUGCACGGAGUUGCGUGAGGGAUAUUGGUGGUUUGCAGGGAUGCAGGCAAACACCACUGAGGCGACUUUGCAUGCAAUGAUUCGCGAGCACGACCUCGUGCGAUUUAACGAGCGCAAGCAGGCGAUGCUCGAUGCCGUCAAGACUAUCGAGCAGAAGUACCCUACCGGCAGCGUGCAUAUGAACAUCGAGGACGUUUAUGCGAACAUUUCGAACGCGAUCAACGGGGAUCCCACCGCGAUUGAGCUGCUCCUGGAUGCCGUACGGCAGGCGGGUGUGGAGCCAAAGGUGAUUCCGAUGCGAGGCGGAACAGACGGUGCGGCACUCUCUGCUCAGGGGUUGUUAACGCCGAACUUUUUUACCGGUGCACAUAACUUUCAUUCCCCUUUCGAGUUCCUGCCGGUCCCAUCGUUCGUAAAGUCCUUUGAAGUGGCGCUAAAUAUUGUCUUGCUUGGUGCAAAGAGGACGGUGAAACGAACGUGA